AUGGACAUGAGUGAUAUGACAACAUCAAUGUCAAUGGCGACAGCGACGUCAACGGGCACCAUGUCCAUGACAAUGUCCAUGGCCUCCUCAACUGCCACUUCCAGCAUGUCUGGCAUGUCUGGCAUGUCUGGCAUGUCCGACUCAUCAAUGACAAUGUCCAUGUCUGAGAUGAUCAUGACCUUCUUCACCUCAUUCAAGACACCCCUUUUCUCGGAAGACUGGACACCAACCUCAAAAGGUCAAUACGCUGGCACCUGUAUCUUCUUGAUUGUUCUCGCCGUGAUUCUCCGCGUUCUCAUUGCCAUUCGACCUGUUCUCGAGGGGCGAUUAUGGACGGACGGCUUGCAACACGCCACAAUUGAUGGAAAGCCUGAUACUCAGACAAAGCACAUGUCUGGUGUUCACCUGAGUAUGCAAGAGCUCGGCAAUCGUUGGUCCAGGUGGCGGGUUAACCCUGCCGCUGGGCGAGCUACGUGUGAGAUGGUCAUUGCUGGAGUUGCAUAUCUACUGAUGAUCGCGGUAAUGACGAUGAACCUCGGAUACUUCCUGUCUGUUUUGGGUGGAAUUUGGCUUGGAACUUUCAUCAUGGGCAGUGUGGCAGCCCAGAUAGCAAACAAGCUCAAGAUACGGAACGAUGACACCCGUCAGGUGCCCGAUACCAGACCCGAUGGGAAACCAGGCGCUACCCGAACCGCCAAUGUCUCCCACUGGCAGGCGGCUGCGCAAGCCGAGGCCAAGUCAAUUAAAGACUGGAUUAAGAAGAAUGGGUUGCAUGCUGUGAUUCAGACGUUUGAGGUACCACAAGAUGCCACCAAGGAGUUCGAGGAUAUCCUUAGAACGGCAGCAAACAAACUCUAA